AUGAGCAGGAGGCCGCAGAACCCCAAGUACGACAUCGCCAGCCUGCUUGGCGUCGAUAGCGACCGCGCUCCGAGCGCUGAGGGUCAGCAACUACCAGGACUCGCAUUUGUUCUGCAGCAGGGGGGCUGCACUCCAACAUUCCCAGCUGAAAACGCACAGUCUUCACCCCAGUGCCAUCCGAAUGGAAUGGAGGUGGAGCUGCCGCCAAAGCAGACAAGCGCCACAAAGCGACGAGCGUCCGAGUGCGAGGACGAUAAUAACGCAGCAACAACAGCAGAAGCAGCGGCGCCAACAAGCAAAAAGUGUCGAGGCAAGGGGCGCAAACCCACGUACCUCGUCCGAAAGGAAGAAAAGUGCGAGCUGCUGGAGCACAUCAAGGAGCUGGAGAGCCAGGUGUCGUUCCUCAAAAACCGCACCAACAUUGUGGCCUGGCAGGAGAAGGACCGGCAGCAGAUCGAGACGGAGAUCAACAACAACGUGCUGCGUAACUCGAACGCGCAGUUCGUGGACGAGGCGGGGGAUUUUUGCUCCAUCCGCUUUGACAUCUCGCCGCUCGAGGGGCUGAAGACGGUGGACGGGGCCUUCGACUUCAUCCAGUUCCACAUCAAGCACAUGGACACCAAGCCCAUGAACUCCAAGUACACGUGCACGAGCGAGCUCGGCCCCGACAACAGCAUCAUGCACCGCCGGCUGAUCAUCUCGGAGGUCGAAACUGUGGCGACCGAGACCAACUUCGUCAUGUUCUCCGAAAAGUGGCCCGGUGCAAGUCACCACCAGGACAGGUGCGGAGACGCAGCAGCGGACAAAGGCGUCAUGGUUAUGAACUACGUGGACGAGGACGACCUGUACCCGUAUCGCCCCGACAACUGCGUGCGUCUGGACAUCAGCGGGGUCAUGGCACUGAAAUUGUACCGCAAGGUUGUUAAGACCCCCAAGGGGGAGGACAAGGAGGUGCCCGCCGUCAUAUAUAUCGUAAUUUCGGCAUGCCUGCUGCAGAAGCUGCGGCGCACCGAGUUGCCCGUGCCGACUCACGUGCUUCAGAUGAUGCGCGAUCGGAUCAACGACCCGGGCAACGCCAUCCUGCGGGCGGUCAAGGACGCGCGGACGCCCGUGGAGCUCGAGCCCAAGGACAUCAAGGUGCUCAUUGUCUAG